AUGGACCGUAGAAGGGAGUUGAAUAUCCUAAUGCUGGGCAAUGUAGGUGUUGGGAAGUCCUCAAUCACCCUACAGUUUGUCCAGAAUCAAAUGCCGGAGCACCAUGAUGACGAUAUAGAAGACACGUACAGUAGAGUCUGGGAGAUCGAGGGGAAGGAGUACCAGAUAAACAUUCUUGAUACUGCUGACUCCUCCCAAUCGACCAUGGAGACUGAUCUACAAUCCGAUCACAGAAGACAGCAGAUUCUCGCAACCCAAGGAAUUAUACUGGCCUUCCGUAUCAAUUCCAAGGACUCCUUUGAUAAUUUAUCAAACAUUCUCCGAAAUCUUAGCCGCAUACGGGGGAACUCUUUACCUCCAAUAUUACUCCUGGGGAACAUGAUGGACUUGGAAGAUGAAAGGGAAGUUUCUAGAACGGAAGCCGAGUACCUCCAGUAUCAGUACAAACUUGACGACUAUAUCGAGGCUAGUGCAUCUAUGAGGCUAAACGUUGACGACGUGUUCACUAGAAUGAUAGAGCUUAUACUAGAUAUCCCAGAUAGUAAACCACAUAGUGCCAACGACAGCCAGGUCGGCAUACGCCAGAACUCUUCGAUGCAAGGAGAGUCUAAACAUGAUAGAAACAUAGACGAUGAAGAUUUCAAACUCAUGAGAGAGGAGAGCUAUGAUGAACGCAGUCGCAGUUUAUCCCAGGUUUCACAAGAUGACCAUAGACUAUCACCUUCACUCCAUCAAUCUUCGGCAAUCUCCGGCAGGGAAGCUAAACCUGUCGCCGAGGAGCCAAGUAAAAAUCAAAAUGGGAUAACUGAAAAUAAUCAAGUUACCACCGGCAAUGAGAAUAAGGAUAGUAGAGAACUCCACUCUGUGAAUAAGACUGCUGUCUCUGCUGUCAAAGAAAAAAGGGCUACAAGCUGUUGCAUAUUGAUGUGA